AUGAUGCUCACGAAGAAGCUUGGUGAGCUCGACCUAUUGAUGAAGCCAAAGCAAGACAGAUAUGCUCUCCGCACAUCGCUGCAAUGGCUUGGGCCACAAACUGAGGUCAUCCGUGCAGCGACGAAGUUGAUUGAGCGCGAGAUCAACUCCGUUAAUGACAACCCACUCAUUGACGUAUCUCGUGGAAAGGCAAUUCACGGUGGCAACUUCCAAGGCACGCACAUCGGUCGCCGCAACCCAAGCCUGGACUAUGGCUUCAAGGGUGCCGAGAUCGCCAUGGCUUCAUACUGCUCGGAGCUCCAAUUCUUGGGCAACCCUGUGACCAACCAUGUCCAGAGUGCGGAGCAACACAACCAAGACACUGCCGAUGCCAUCGACAUUCUGAAGCUCAUGUCCUCUACAUUUUUGGUUGCGUUGUGCCAAGCCAUUGACCCGCGCCACCUCGAGGAGAAUGUCAAGAAUGCCGUCAAGAAUUGUGUCACAAGAGUGGCCAGGAAGACACUGAUCACAAAUGACAUGGGUGGUCUCCACAACGCACUUUUUUAUGAGAAGGACCUACUCCAAACAAUUGACCGCGAGGCGGUGUUUGCAUACGCGGACGACCCUUGCAGCGCCAACUACCCUCUCAUGAAGAAGAUGCGCGCGGUGCUGGUGGAGCAUGCUCUGGCCAACGGUGAGGCUGAGCACAAUGUGGAGACCUCGGUGUUUGCCAAGGUUGCCAAAUUCGAGCAGGAGCUCUGCGCGACACUGCCUCGGGAGGUUGAGGCUGCUAGAGGUGUAGUGGAGAAUGGCACUGCUGCAGAACCGAACCGUAUCACUGACUACCGAUCAUACCCUCUGUAUCGGUUCGUGCGCGAGGAGCUUGGAAUGGUGUACUUGACCUGA